AUGGUGCUGAAGGCUUUCUUUCCCACAUGCUGCACCUCAGCGGACAGCGGCCUACUGGUUGGACGGUGGGUCCCCGAGCAGAACAGCGCUGUGGUCCUGGCCGUGGUGCACUUCCCCUUCAUCCCCAUCCAGGUCAAGGAGCUCUUGGCCCAGGUGCAGCAGGCCAGCCGAGUGGGCGUGGCUGUGCUGGGCACCUGGUGCCACCGUCGGCAGGAGCCUGAGGAGAGCCUGGGCCAUUUCUUGGAGGGCCUGGGCGCCAUCUUCUCCCACGAGCCCUGGCUCCAGCUGUGCCGGGAGAGGGGCAGCAAGCUCUGGAGCUGCAAGACCACCCACCGGCAGGUGCCUACCUCCCCCAAUGCCCCUGGCGAAGACCAAGUCAUGCUCAUCUUCUAUGAUCAGCGCAAGGUGCUGCUGUCCCAGCUGCACCCGCCCACAGCCCUGCCUGACCACCAGGCGGGGGAUGCCACGGCCAGCACUCAGGGCCUGGCUGCUGUCUUCGACACAGUGGCACGAAGCGAGGCACUCUUCCGAAGUGACCGGUUUGAUGAGGGCCUCGUGCGGCUGAGCCACUGGCAGUCGGAGGGUGUGGAGGCCAGCAUUAUUGUGGAGCUGGCCAAGCAGGCCUCGGGCCCCGUCUGCCUGCUGUUUGCCUACCUGCUGUCACUCAUCUCAGCUGCCAGCGCCUGCCGGGUGUUCAAGCUGUGGCCACUGUCCUUCAUCUGCAGCAAGCUCUCCACGUGCGAGCAGCUCAGGCACCGGCUGGAGCAGCUCACCUUCAUCUUCAGCACCCAGAAGGCUGAGAAUGCCUCGCAGCUGAUGAGGAAGGCCAACAUGCUUGUCUCCGUGCUCCUUGACGUGGCCCUAGGCCUCACGCUGUUGUCCUGGCUCCAUGGGAAAGACCGCAUUGGGCAGCUGGCUGAUGCCCUUGUUCCCGUGGCUGAUUGGGUGGCCGAGGAGCUGCAGCACCUGCUGCAGUGGCUGAUGGGCGCACCCGCCGGGCUCAAGAUGAACCGGGCACUGGACCAGGUGCUGGGCCGCUUCUUCCUGUACCAUAUCCACCUGUGGAUCAGCUACAUCCACCUCAUGUCCCCAUUCAUCGAGCGAAUCCUGUGGCACAUGGGCCUCUCAGCCUGCCUGGGCCUGACAGUUUCCCUGUCCAUCCUGUCGGACAUCAUCGCCCUCCUCACCUUCCACAUCUACUGCUUCUAUGUCUAUGGUGCCAGGCUGUACUGCCUGAAGAUCUGUGGCCUUUCCUCACUCUGGCGCCUGUUCCGAGGGAAGAAGUGGAAUGUUCUGCGCCAGCGGGUGGACUCCUGCUCCUAUGACCUGGACCAGCUGUUCAUUGGGACUUUGCUCUUCACCAUCCUGGUCUUCCUGCUGCCCACCACAGCCCUGUACUACCUGGUGUUCACCCUGCUCCGGCUCCUGGUGGUCACUGUGCAGGGUCUGAUUCAUCUGCUCGUGGACCUUAUCAACUCCCUGCCGCUGUAUGCGCUCGGCCUGCGGCUCUGCCGGCCCUACAGACUCUCAGCUGGCGUGAAGUUUCAAGUCCUGGAGCAUGAGACUGGCAGGCCCCUCCGCCUCCUGAUGCAGAUCAACCCCCUGCCCUACAAUCGUGUGGUACACACCUACCGACUCCCCAGCUGUGGCUGCCACCCCAAACACUCCUGGGGUUCCUUGUGUCGCAAGCUGUUCUUCGGGGAGCUCAUCUACCCCUGGAGGCAGAGAGGGGACAAGCAGGACUGA